GAUUCACAUCAGAAACAUGGCGUCGCGGAGGAAGUCUGGAAGCGGUGUUCUUGAAAAAGGUGCAAAUGGAAGACGGUCUUCAAAACUUAAAGAUGGGCCCAUAGUUAAGCCUACUGAAGGACCUUGCAGUACGUGGAUGGUGAAUGAAAAAUGUGAAACCAAACAGUAAAUGGCUGAGCUUCUACUGAGUGGGCAGGAUGGACAGCAUGAGUUCAGACAAGGUGAUGGACACUAAGGCGGUGUUUACAGCCCUGUAUGAAGUAUGUGAGGAGAAUGCUACCUUCUUUUCUGGAGGCCCAAAGGGGCCAACGGGAGAUGCUGCACAGAGACUAGUAGAUGCUAUGCUGACCAUCCAGAAACAUGCUCGCAGUUUGGAGCCUGUUAUCUCUGGCUUUGCUGCCAUCUAUCACCACUUUGACUUUGACCCUCACAUUCCUGCCAAUGGAUAUCGCUCACUAGUGAAGGUGGUGCGCUGCUGUCUCCUCCACAUUAUCCACAAGGGGCGCUACAUUGCAUCCAACAGACGGAGCAUCUUUUUCCGCGCUGCCCAUAAUGCUGGAGAGAUGGAGGCGUAUUGCAGUGCUUUGUGUCAGCUUAGGGCUCUGCUCUACCUGGCGCAACGGCUGCUCCACGAUAACAGCCAUGGCAACCUCUUCUUCCAGGAGGAGACAGGUCUCAGCCAGAGCUUUCUUCGAGAGUAUGCGUCCAUGCACAAGGGCUGUUUCUAUGGCCGCUGUGUCGGUUUCCAGUUUACUCCAUCAAUCCGUCCAUGCUUGCAGAGUAUUGCUAUAGGCCUGGUGUCCUUUGGAGAGAACUACAAGAAACAUCAAUCUGGGAUAGGUGUUGCUGCUAGUUCUUUUUUCACCUCUGGAAAGUUUGCCAUUGAUCCGGAGCUGAGGGGUCAGGAGUAUGAGCGCAUCACUCAGAACUUGGACGUUCAUUUCUGGAAGACAUUCUGGAACGUUACUGAAACUGAAGUUCUUGCAGGUUUGGCCAGUAUGACAUCUGCUCAAGUGAAGGUGAAUCGUGCCCUCUCUGUGCCACCUGUGUCCUUUGACCUCCCGCUGGCAGCUGAUCCAACACACACAGUCACAAUCUCCCCUCCAGUUGCCCAUAUUGGCCCUGGCCCAGUCCAGAUGAGACUCAUCUCUAACGAACUGAGGGAAGGACAGGACAGUGAGAAAUUGUUGGCAAUGGCUCGUUCUGAGGGUGGUCCUAUCUCUCUCUCUCUGGGUCUGAAGCCUAAGAGGAGCCCCCCAUCGCCUUGGCUCGUGGUACACUACCAUGGAGGAGGCUUUGUAGCACAGACUUCCAAAUCACAUGAGCCCUAUCUGAAGAGCUGGUCUCAGGACCUGAAUGCUCCAGUCCUGUCUGUAGAUUACUCUCUUGCCCCAGAGGCCCCGUUCCCAAGGGCUCUGGAGGAAUGUUUCUAUGCCUACUGCUGGGCCAUUAAGAACCACAACCUUCUGGGUUGGACUGGUGAGCGUGUGUGCUUGGCUGGUGAUAGUGCAGGAGGUAACCUAUGUGUGACCGUGUCAAUGAGGGCUGUGGCCCAUGGAGUGCGCUUGCCGGAUGGUAUUAUGGCCGCCUAUCCUGCCACCUUGCUCACCGCCUAUGCCUCUCCAUCUCGUCUGCUCAGCCUUAUGGAUCCUCUUUUGCCUCUUAGCGUGCUGUCCCGCUGCCUCAGUGCUUAUGCAGGUAUGGACUUGCAGGUGGAGAAGCAGGUAGAGAAGGUCAGCACUCUGAGCAUGGUAAAAAGAGACACUGCCCUGCUCUUAAGAGACUUUAGACAAGGAGCCUCCAACUGGAUCCACUCUCUUCUGGACCCCAACAGAGCAAAUGCAGAUACAGUGAGGAAGAGUGUCUCUGACGGCACUCUGACUUCUCCACACUCCGACCCUUCGGUUCCAGUGGCAUCGUCUGACUUCUCAGGGGUGAGAGAGUCCCUGAAAAGUCAAACUUGUCAGAACCUGACCACCCACACCGAGGGCACAUCCACCAGCAGCAGCCACAAUAAAGCCAACCCUGCUAGCACCCACACCACCACCCUCACUGACCACCAUAAUCCCAUCCUCAAUACCACAUCACUCCCUGAGAGCAAGCCAGAGGAUGUCAGCUUCUUCCUAUCCAACGAAGUAGAUCCCUCUGUGUCAAGUUCGAUCUCCGCCGUAGCUGUACCUCCCCCAGAAGGAGAGGAAGACUCUGAAAACCCAAGAGAGUUUCCUGAGGGCUUUGAGCCUCUGCGCUCUGAGCAGCUUGCUGAGAUGAAGGUGGACUCUUCCCCCAUCUUCAGAAACCCUUACAUGUCUCCGCUUCUGGCUCCAGACAACAUGCUAAUAGGACUUCCUCCUAUACACAUAGUGGCCUGUGCUCUGGAUCCCAUGCUAGACGACUCUGUUAUGUUUGCCAAACGACUGCGGUACGUUGAGCAGCCUGUGACACUGUGUGUGGUGGAUGACCUCCCACACGGGUUCCUUAGCCUGUCCCAGCUCUCCAAGGAGACCCGUGAGGCCUCCAAUGUCUGCAUGGAACGCAUCAAAGAGGUCUUCACCAUGAAAGACCCGCCUCCAGAGAUGCGUAAACAUCGCAAGCUUGAAAGGACCAAUCAUGGGGCUUCGGCUGCCAAGGGAGCCUCAUCCAAGCUCUUUCAGCGGACCACUAGCAAAGAUGGGGGAGGGGCCAUAGUUUGAAGAGCUUUUUAGUGUAAGAAAAUUAAAUGAAUAGAGAAACCAAGAGAAAGAUAGGUCUGUUUUGAUAAGGAGAAUGAAAAACUGGAAUCACUAUGCAACAAUACAGAUAAUUAAUGAGGAGUCAAAUGCAGUAAUGUCUCAUGAAAGCAGUUCAUUCUGUUUAUACUUUAGUGAGGCACCACUAAGUGGAUGGAAGGAGAGAAGGAAGGAGAUAUUUUAGGUAUACAAUGAGCUCCACUUUCCCCACUGCUGCAUUAUUUUUGUGCUCAAAAUGACUACAGAAAGUUUUAACACAAGCGCACAUGCACAUACACUCAUGCUUUUAUAUAAAAAAAAUAACGCCACUUUGCCUUUUUGUUACUGCUUCGCUUGGCUGAAAUACUGAGCUUAUGAAGCAACUACAGUCACCAGCACAGAAAGAGAUGCUUCCUGCCUUCUAUAGGUCUGAAUUUGCUUUACUCUAAUUCUGUCAAUGCAUUGCUUGAAGGUCAUUUCCAACCUUCCUGCUAAUUUCAUAAUUUAUUUUUAAUAAGUCAGCCAAAUCAAAUAUCAAACUGUGAUUUAUAAGUCCUAGCUCUCUGUUGUUUCUUUUAUCAGCGUUUUUGAGGGUGGUAGUUCUGCUGAAAAUCUUGAUGAUAUUGAGAAAGGUAAACAUUUACAAUUGCUUUAUGCAUAAGAAUUCACAAAAUGGAUUUAAUAAAUAGAUCAAUCAGUUAAUCCAUCAGUUGAUUUAUUAGCCAAGUGCGUAGUUUAAGCACAAAGAAUAUUAUUCUGGUUUUCAGUACGUCUCACAAGCGUACAACCGAGGCAGCCAUCCACGGUGGUGAUUUUAAAGAUUUAAGGGGUUUAUUCGUUGCUUAGUUGUGUUUUCGUAAUUGUUCAUUAGAGAAAGUCUUGCAAAUGCUGCUUCACCUGCAGAACGUCCACUGAAUUACAUAAUGCUCAUCAGAUCUUAUAGCAAAGGUGCGAAACUAUGUUUGGUUUAGUGUUAGCCACUGUGCCUAGUCUACCCACACUGUAGACCAUGCACUGCCAAUUUGAGCAUAUAGCACUUUCUCUUUCUCAUUCUUCUUGUUUUUUUUUGUUUUUUGUUUUUUUUUGCUGCCCUGUCUUGCGCCAUGUUUUCCUAGGCAUCUCUUAAGACCCCCUGCACACUGACCCAUUUCUAGCACCCAUCUCAUGCAGGAGAUAUUUUAAGCCAAAUCCCUCAACAACCUUGAACCAGUGAGCUGUUUCAACUAGCACAAGUCCCAGCACUCUUCCUCUGUAUGUCAGUAGGAGUGCCUAGAAUCAGGUCAUCACUUUUCUAUCGGUGUUUCAAAAACAGUGUCACUCUGUUCAGUUGCACAGUGAAGCCUUGCAGAACUGGAAGCAAGACUAUGUUGCUGAUGAAAUCAUAUUUGUGCUAUUUUCCAAAAUGCUUACUCAAAGGUUUAAAGCUUGGCUUUACAAGCGUUUCCACUACUGGAAAUUCUGUGUACUAUUAGGCAAGACAUUGCUACCUCAUGCCAACAUGUACAACUAGCUGUGUAGGCAAUUUGUGUGGACAGCUGCUAAAUUCCUUUAAAGCAAUAUACUUAGAGAGUUCAGUCUCCCAGAGGGCAAAACCCAGUAAGGAAUUUUUUGUAGUGACCUCAAGACAGAGACUUGGUAAUACCACUCCAUAUAAGACCAGCAUGUUGUACAUAAAAGCUAUUUUCUCUCUUCUUUCUGUCCCCCCAUCCUCAAAGACAGACCAUGCCCUUGUAUUUUUUCCCCUGUAAAAAGUGUGUUUAGACAGCAUUUCUCACUACAUUCCUCAUCAACUCUAUUAAUGCUCCUUUUUCAUGUGCAAAUCAACCAGUUCCUGAGGUGGUCUUUCAAUCAGAUGACUACCCCAAAGUGAAUUUGUACAAAUUCACUAAACUAGUAUUCUCAUAAAGUCCUUUGUCUGGAAUGGGGCAAGUCAUUAUGGAUGAAUUGUGGUCUUAGAUGUUCUUGAAAUGAAUAGAUCAUAAGUCUUGCACAGUAACCCAUCUUUUGUUUCUUCGUACUAUGUGUGCAUUUGUGCGUUUAAUACUGCCAAUCAAACUUUGCACAGUCGCUCAGUCACAAUCAUUAGGAUGUUCCUUGCUUAUUAUUCCAUGUCAGAAGACAAGCACUUUAUGGCUAGGAAUGCAUUGGUGUAUCUCCUCACAAGCUCUUUAAUGAACUGAAACUUGUAUUUAAGAAUUUUAGAUGUUUUUUUCCUCUGUUAAAAACACCAUAAGUGCAAAUCUAUGUAAACUGUGUGUGUAUGCAUAAAAUGAUUUUGUGUUUAGACAGUAUUUUACUUUUAAAGAUUAUAUAAUGAUUUAAAUCAUGCAAGUUUUAUCCAGGAAUGAUUGAAGUAUUAUUUUUAUUUUUUAAAUUGGUGCUUUUUUUGAGUUUUGCUGUGAAAAGUAGUAGAAAUAGCAAUACCUCAAAGCUUUUAAUGUGCAGUAAUGUGCAAAAGUAAGAGACCACCCUUCAUUUAUUUAAUUUCCAGUCAAAACAGGCAUCAAGUACAAGUUAUAUUCUGAGAUAUUCUACCUCUGUCUAAUUUUCUUUUAAGUGUUUUUGGCUUUUUUCCUGAUUCUUAAAAAUGAAUAACUUUUAUCUAAUGGCCAUCUUGACAGGAAAUUGGGCAAAUAAAGGGUGGUCUCUGUCUUUUGCACAGUACUGUAUGUAUGGAGAAAGGUCAAAAACCAUGAUGGCAAAUUCAUGAUGUUCAAAACAUGGUCGCAAACCCUAGUUCAGUGCUCUCUGAGCUAACCUGAACUAAAACUGCUUAAUAAAACUGAUGUUUGUAUUAGCAAUCUAUUUGUAAAAAAUUCAGAGUCUGUUCUAUUUAGUACAAAUCCUGUUCUCAUAAUAUGUUUUUAAAUAUGAGUACUGACCUUGACUCAGUUCUAGCCAUGCAGAGAGAUUAUUUGUAUUUACUUUCUUCCUUUGGAAGUACGUAUAAAACCCAAAUGAUUCACUGUCAUCUAUGGCAGCUACCAACUUGAACAUAAUACAUCCUUUCCUAAUUGCGACAACAGCAAAAAAAGAACUCUAGUAGCCAGGUUCAAAAUGCAGUUCAAAUCUAUUACUGAUAUAUCCAAAGUACUCGCUGUUUCCGUUCAUUUGAUCAUUAUAUUUUCCCUGUGUUUAUUGCUAUUGGAAUAAAGUUAAUCAUUUUAACCUCA